CCUCUGGGCUCGCCUGAAACUCGCCAAAGCCGUGCUCUGUUCGACAUGUUUGCCAGAUUUAGGUCAGAUUUUAAGCAGAAAUGUCGUGAGAAAUUACAGUCACUGCGGUUGUGGUGGAAGGCUGCCUUCCCCAUAUCUGUGUCCGCACCUAUGGCCGCCGAUGACUACAACCCUGUUUCCCUCCGACACAAAUCAAAGAAAAAGACAAGAGGAGGCAAUGGUACAAUGAGUAGAAGGAGGAUUUCGGUCAAAGAGCUUGGGCAGUCAGAUCACCAGGGAUGGCUCUACAGGAAGAAAGAAUCCAAAGGCUUUCUGGGGAUUAAGUGGAAGAAAUAUUGGUUUGUCCUCAAAAAGACCGCGCUCUACUGGUACAACAAUCAGCUGGCUGAAAAGGCUGAGGGGUAUAUUGACCUCACCAACUUCAUGAUCGACAGAGCCAUAGAGUGCAAAAAGAAACACGCCUUCAAAGCCUGUCACCCAAGGGUCAUGAUGUUCUACUUUGCUGCCGAGAGCCAUGAGGAAAUGACUGUAUGGUUGAAUAAGUUGGGGUUAGCUUCCAUUCAUUAUGAGCCAGCGGAACAACACACAGUAGCUGAAUGUUAUAGUGAAGCUAGUGACCACGAAGAGACUGAGACCACUGAUCUCCCCCCUCCUCCAUACUAUGAGCAAAUGUUACAGGAUGGUGUCGAUGCCUCUUCUCCACCUGGAAGCACAAAUCAGGGCACACUUCCUCCACCAUACUCCUCCACUGCCCCAAGUGAAGCCAAUGGUUCCCUGUCCACCCCCGUCAGUACCAUGACCUCCCAGGACUCCGCCUCCUCACUAGUCAAACAGCGUCAGUCGUGGAUGGACUUGGUCACUAAGGCAUCUUCUUCUACCACUGAGACGCCGAUUGUGUGCUCCGUGCAAGUACACACACAGCAUGAAGAGGGGGAGGAACAAGACGAAGAGGCCACAACUCCAGAGUCUAAAGCAGGGUCUGAGGCAGAGGGUCCAGAGAAUAAAGAAGAACCAGAGGGUACAGGAGCUCAUAAAGUUGAAGAAGAUCACAGUCUUUCAGAUGAGCUAGAGAGGCUGUACAUCCACCUCAAAGAAGCAAGCCUUUCACCAAUCGGAGACCGCAAACCAUCAACAAAAAGGGAAUUUCGGGCAUCCUUUGUAAAACGGUCCAAAAAUCAGAACAUUAAUGAUAAACUUCACCUCAUUAGGACUCUCACCAGCACAUUGAAGUCAAAAGAAGCAGACCUUCAGGUCUUCGAGCAGUUGCUGAGGGAUCCACAGCUCACUGCAAAGAAGUUCAGAGAAUGGAAAGACGCCAAUGCACCUCUAAUGCAGGAAAUCUGCUGCAAAAGUGACCAGCAGGGGACGCCAGAGGACACAAACUCUGAAACAUCAGAGGCUUCUGCUCCACUGGUUGAAACUAGUUUAUAAGGACUAAAAUAAUAUCUCCUCUCGAAGCUAAAUAUGGACUAUAUGGAUUUAUUGUUUACAUGCACUGCUGUAAUAUGAAAACUACUGUUACUCCCCCUUAUAUGAAUAGAUUUAUGAAGAAAUUGUACAUACGUCUUCUGUACAUAAAAGUGACUUUUUAGGUAAAUGUGAAUGUCUUUAGUAUUGGCCUGCUUUUUAUUGUUUUAUUUGUCUCUUACUGUGUAAAAUGUCUCCUUUUUUAAAGACUGUAUUCUAUUAUGGGUGCUAUGCACUGACUAAAUCAUAUGCCCAUGUCUGUCUGUGUCUCCCUGUACACAUUUGCCUUGAUGUUGCAACACAGUCUGCACAAACAUUAAAUAUUUGCCAUGAUUUU